AAGCAAGAAGAAGGCGACGAAGAAGAAGACAACAACAGUGUGUUCUCUGUAAUUUGUACAAACAGCCAUCAGCAAAUGCAAGUCUAAUGUAUACACUGUUUUUAUGCGAGCGCCUUUUAUAAUACGUGUUUUCAUCGUCAGCGAUCGUAACACAGAAAUACCAGAAUGGCGAACAACUACGCUUUUAAAUCACAGAUCGCGUCCAUCAUGGAGGUCUUGGCCAACACGGCAGUGGCAGAAAUUUGCAAGCUCAUAGACAACGACUAUGCGGUCCUUCGUCUAGAAAUUUCUCAAAAUCAGAACGAAAAUAGAAUGCUAAAGAGAAAAGUGCAAAUGAUGGAGCUAAAAAUGGCCAGAGAUCGCGCAGAAAGAACAAUACGAGAUUGCCUACCCAACGCCCGCAGCAGGGGGAGAACUUCCGUAAUGGAUCGAAACAAAGGCUGGAGAGGAGGUGGGCAUUUCGUAUCCAGAGAUAGACUUCUUGCUAAUCAAGGCGAAAGUUCUUGGAGGGGCAGAAGAUGGCUCACAGACACACCCUCAAAGCGGACAGUUGGAGUCCAAGAGCCCACAGUAACGGAGUUGGAAGGCCCAGUCAUCCUGAUCAAGGAGGAGGUCCCAGAGGCUGUGAUGCCAGAAACUGCAGGAACAUCUUGGAAAAGAGUGGUUGGCCCUGCCUGCGAUGGAAUGGUCUUGCCCACUGUGACGGCUGAACCUCUGGGAUCGGCGGCGGCGGCAGCAACUGGGCAGCACGGGAGCGGUCAUAACGUUGUGGAGGCCGUAAACGCAGACAUUGGCUUGCCAAUGAAUUCGAUGGAUGAAGACCAGGAGAGACAAACUGAUGCGACGUCGUCCUUUCUCCUGCCUGGUUUUAAAGAAUCUGAUCUGGCAGCUAAUGACCCCUUGUCUACAUUGGGCCAGACAAGGGAGCUCCCCAUGUCUUCACCAGUGGAGCACACUGUUUUCAGCUCUGCGGUUAAAAAGGAAUCGGAGGAAGCCAGCUCAUGCUCUGGAUUAAACAGACCAAGUACAUCAGAGGGGCAGUGGCCAGCACCUGUAGAUGUCGACUGGACUGCCAACUUGGCAUCUGGGCAGACGCAGGAUCACGGAAGCACAAGUGACACUUUGGAGUCUUCAGACAUGUUCAGCAUGGAGAACCAUCAGAGGACGGAUGCUCAAGUCCUGGGUGUGUAUUCGCUGGACAGGACGUCAAACUUCCCUUCUGGCAGCAUGUUUCCUGUACCGGACCGAAAUCAACAGUGCUUUUCUCGAAAGUUCAGAAUGGCUGAAGGUGGAGGCGUGAUGAAUCUGGCAGAUCCUACUUUGACUCCUGUCACAAACUCCAUACAGAGGCCUGGGCUGAAGAGGAAGGCUGAAAAAAGGCGCGAGAGAAAAAAACAUCUCACCUGCUCUGUCUGUGGUCUUCAAACACGAUGUCCUGCCGACCUGGUGAUCCAUCAGCGUGUUCACACAGGAGAAAAGCCGUACUGUUGUACGGUGUGCCCUGCUCGUUUCACACAGAAAGGAUACCUCAAUGUGCACCUGAGAGCACACACAGGGGAGAAACCAUAUAGAUGUAGUUACUGUGGGAGGGGCUUCUCAAUGGCCUCGUACCUAAAGACUCACAUGCGACUUCAUACAGGAGAGAAGCCAUUCAAUUGUUCCUACUGUGACAAGAGCUUUGCAUCAUCAAAAUAUCUCAACAAGCAUCAGAGGAGAGUUCAUACAGAAAUCCUAUUUACUGAAGAAACUAGCUGAAAUAUACAUUCAAUGUUGCAAUCUCUUGUUUUGACAACACGUGGAAAUUCCAAGACCAUUUUACACAUCUCUUAUUCCAAGACCAUCUCUUGGCUAGUCUUACACCACCUGGUGCCUCAUCUGAAUUUCAUUUCAUUUCAGAAACUAGGUCGUGUUGUGGAGAUACUGCUCAGACUGGUAGGUAGUAUGGUUUGGCAGGACAGCCAAUCCACAAAUAGAGAAGUCAUUACAUUGUCCAUACGGGUCCGAAGUUUAACUGUUACAUUCGUCAAACAGCAAAGACAGCAAAAAAAAAAAAAAACAGCCAGAGAUUUUUUUAAUUACAUUUUUUGUUUAAAAAUGCAAGCGCUGUGGCGCGGCACGCUAAGCCCCCCACAGUUGGGCUUACAUUGCCCACAGGGACCCCGGUUUGAGUCAUAUCCCGACCCUGCCCCAUCUCUCUCUCCCAGUCAAUUCCUGUCUACUCUCACACUGUCUUAUAAUAAUAAAGGCCAAAAAGCUUCCCAAAAAUACUUUUAAAAAAGCAAGCCUAUGUGGAGCAAAGUAAUCAUAAUGCUGUUAGGGUGGAGCUCAGGCUACAGAUCUAUACUGUAAUGGAUGACAGCUGGUGAGCUUGGCAUAAAAUGUUAAGUUAACGUCCCUCCCAAAGCCUCAUACAGAUCCAAUACUGACCUACAGCUUGAAACAUGUCUGCUUCACAUGCAGGAGUUGGUUGUGGGGUUGGGUCUGGACUGUGCAAUGAUCUUGGUUACAGUAAUGCCUUGACCUGAAUGGGAGUGUUUUAGAGCAGGGGUGGGGAACCUUUUUCGUUCAAGGUGCCACGUCAAAUUUCUCCAAGGGCCGUAAAAGUCCUUCGAGGGCCAUACUAUGAACACAAACCAGGAUAUCCCCCUGCACUUAAGGCCUAUUUUGAAGGCAGUUGCCUUAAAAACAGACCCCACCUUCUCCAUGUCCCCUGAAUAUAACAUAAUUGUAAUUUCUAAGAUUCCUAUACAAAAUAUGUCAUAUUUCAUGAGAAGCUGCAUAACAUUAGAAUUAUGUCGUUGACCGGAUAAGACAAGGGCCGCAAACGGCCCUCGAAACAGAGAUUCCCCACCCCCGCAGUAUACAGUUGAAAAUCAGUAAACUUUGGAUGCUAUAGUUUAUAGACUCUAUAGCUUAUAAGCUAUAGUCUACUGAAAAUCUGGGGGGGGGGGGAGAAAACACACUGACAUUCUAAGCUUCCAUGUUAAAGACGACCAUGGAACUAAGGGUCAGGUUUGCAUUACACAAUGGUAUCAUGUUAAUAUUAAAAUCAGAAAUAUAUUGUUUAUGUUGCCACUCUGUUUUCUGAUAUGUUAAUGACUGAGUGUUGAGAGACCAUGGUGUUACCUGGGUGAUGGAGUCACAAAGAAAACAUGGGGAAAUGUUCAAUUUCUUUACUUCUGUGUACAGAUCAGAUAAUUAUGGGAAUCAGAUGUUUUGUGAUUAUGUGUUUGUGUGAAUGGAGGCACAUUAAAGUAAAUUCCAGUUACUGUAGAUUACAUCCGUCAGCUCUGGCCGUCUGUGGUAAGUAAGUUCAUGUCCAGUAAAAGGUUAUAUGACCACUGCAUCGCUACCUUCAUGCCAUGGGAGAAGCCAGCGCUGACAAGGAUUUAUAAAAGUAAAAUAGUUGGUAUAAAGCAAUUCCAGGCAUCUGGGUAAGAGAACCAGUAUGGUCAGGAUCAUGAAGGUAAGACAUUGGGCUGCAUUACAGUGUAAAGCAGAUCCUUAGA